AUGAUGGGCCCUGCUCUUGAUCUAGGAGUCAAUGUUAUCGUGUUCUUCACUCUGCUGAUGAUCGCCAUCUGCAUCUUCAGCGUUCCUAGCAAGCAGGCUUUGAAAGCCACCAGGAGAUCUGCCCAGCACAAGAGGCUGGCAUCGGACUUGGGGUACUCGACUCAAGACGGCCAAUCAACCCAGGCGCAGGACUCGCCACUAGAGAAGGGGCAGCGUUGCUUCGGCACUGUGCAGCGCUACUCCGAGCGAAAUGGCAUUGGCUUCAUCGCAUGUGCUGAGUGCAGGGCUGUUUAUGGUCGCGAUGUGCAGUUGUUUCAAGAAGAUUGGGAGGCUUUGGAGCUCAAAGUUGGAGCGGCUGUUAGUUUCCUUCUUUCCGUGGAAGAGCGCUUUCCAUGCCCGAAGGGGAGGAAGUCCUGGACAUGGCAGGUGAAUGGGGCUGCCUUCGGCAGUCUGUGUAACGACUUUAUGGAGCCGUCGGAGACUCUUGCAGCUCCGUCCGUGACCGCGGUGAAGAUUGCAUGUUUGCACAUGUUUGCCAGUUCCGCCCCUCCUUCGCCACCAGAUGUCGUCAAACAUGAUGUCGUCGAACAUGGUGCAAGGUUCUACGUGCUGGGGUCAGCACGACUGGGGCACCUCAGGGACUCCUCGGGCCUGGCUCGUCGGCUCACGAAGCAUGCGGAGCCACGGGCGCGCCACCAGCUCCAAGCGCGACUGCACGCAGAUGGGUACCUGUACCUGAGGAGCUUCUUGCCAUCGAGUACGGUUUGCGGAGCACGUUUGUCCCUGCUACGCCAAUUCCAACGUUCGGGCUUGUUGGCAGACGAAUGCCCACCUGGCCAGGCCCGAUGUGGAGCAUCCACACCAAGUGGGAGGCCCGAAGGCUUCUGUUCGGACGAGGUGUUGGCAGUCUUAAAUGACCCUGACUUGUUCAGUUUCCUCGAUGGCUUAUUUCAAGAUGUUGUGGAAGUGGUCUUCGAUGCCAACCUCCGUGGAAUACAACCUGGACAGAGCACUGGAUUCCACACCGAUUCUGUGUACAUGGGUAAGCUGAUGGUUCCUGACCGACCACCAAUCCUUGCAUGUUGGAUUGCGCUGAUGCCCAUCCCCUUGGAGUUGGGGGGUCUCGUCCUUUGCCGCGGCUCAAACUCUCAUCCAGGAUUCGGGCCUUUGCGCGGAACGUAUGGGAAGCUGGACUUGGAUGAGAGCGAUAUUGGUGGCACCGGUUGGUUCACGGAGGACCCCGAAGAAGUCACAAGAUUCGGUGGCUGUUGGGAGACUGCUGAGUAUGGACCAGGAGACGUUGUCAUCUUCACCAUGCACACUGUGCACGGCAGUUCUGUGAAUCGCACAGACUCUUGGCGCCUCUCCCUGGACUUCCGGGUGCAAUCCUCCCUGGCACCUCCUCCAGUGGUUUCCCAGAACAAGGGCAGGUGGUCCCGAUUGCGUCACAGUCGAGAGUUUCCGCGCAGUAUGGAAGAGGCAAAGGCUGCUUGGAACCUUGAGGCCAAGUCGUGCCCACCUUUAGUGCACACGAUGUGCGUGCUCCACCAAUCUCCACCACACACCGAACAUCAUUUGAUGCAUGACAUGGCCCCAUGGCCUGCCGGAGGCAGCUGCUGGCUUGAAGCGCCCCGCAGAUGA